GUUACACUCUCCAUGAUGUCCGCCAUCGUUGCUAUGCACCUGCUUCAAUCUCCAUCAAGAUGACAAAAUCAGAUAUGAAUAGCUUGAACUAUCCCUUCGCUGCAUCUCCAGACAUUAUCCGCGCUCAUCAGAAGGAUGCAUAUUUUCAAGCUGUUCUUCUCGAACAGAUAUCAGACAUAGUUAGAAGCCUCAAAGGCGUCCGUUUCUCGCACAAUUACACUUCCGAACUUAAAGCUGUGGCGGAUCUGCUCUACCUUGGUCUAACAACUCUCGUGGGAAAUCGAACACUCGGUGAGGAAUAUUGCGACAUUGUCCAGGUGGAGGAAGAGACACGUCGCUUGCCCGCGAUUUACAGACGCUCAGGCUACAUUGUAGCCACGAUACUUUUACCAUACGGCUUAAAUAAGAUUUUACCAGCUUUCAGGCGACGGCUGCGUGCAAAAUUGGAGGCGGUUCUGCGUCGAAAAUCAGCGAAGAAGAAUGGAAGACCUCCUGCAGCGGUAGAUAAAGUGCAAGCAUACGUCCUUGCCAACCUCGACACGAUCACAUCUCCUGCAUCAGUGUAUGCGAUCAACCUCGCUAUCUUCUACUUCACCGGGGCGUACUACCAGCUCAGCAAGCGACUAUGUGGUCUACGCUAUAUCUUUACACGGAAUGUUGAGGAGACGUCGCAACGCGUAGGAUAUGAAGUGCUCGGUGUGCUUUUGGUGUUACAACUAUCUGUUCAGGCGUGGAUGCAUUUGCAAGACACAUACAGGAACGGCCCUCAUACUGUUGCCAACGCCGGAACAAUGAUGGGCGGAACAGCAAUGGUCGGCCCGGGAGUCGAAGUGUCUCUCGACCCGCAAAUGUACUCGAGCAAUAAUGCACUUCUUAUCGAGUCUGAUUCACCUUAUUCAGAGAUAAGCAAGUCAGCCAUUCAGAAAGUUACUCAUACUCCUGUCCUAGAGAGUGCCCGCUACGACCUCGAACAAAACGACGUCAUGGCAUGGAUUCAUGCGCGGCAGCAGCGAAAAUGCACGCUUUGCCUGGAGUCGAUGAAAGAUCCAAGUGUGACUACUUGUGGACAUUGCUUUUGCUGGACAUGUAUUGGCGACUGGGUCAGGGAGAAGCCGGAAUGUCCACUUUGUCGGCAACACGUUCUAGUUCAACACAUUUUACCCUUACGUGGCUAGCCCAGAAUCUGUGUUUGGAACUCACCAAUGCUAGGUUCGAGACCCGAACACUUUGUCUUUGAGUGAAUUCAGUGAUAGGACUGGCAAGCGGAAUCUUGGGCAUGGUGCUUCGGCUGAAUUGAAAUAGCACUCCACAAGCCCUUGUCCAAAAGCGUCUGGCUAGGAUUAUCAGCAGAUAUGAAAUCAGAAUGCAACUGAUGCCAUCGCCUGUGAACUCUUGCUCAGUUCAGUCAUCAGUACUGCGGACUUUGCAAUUAACUAUGAUAAAUAGUUUAACUCUCUCAGCACUGGGGUUUUAUUGUGAAUACUUGUCUCAUAACCCAAUUUUGCGGAGUUAGCCUGCGACGUGCGAGAGCGAGGGUUUUAUGCCAAGCCGGAAAAAUAAGCGACCUUUGUCUACUCCCCUUCGAAAGUCUACGAUGUCUCGAAAACGGAGCUUUGGAAAAUAUCCAGCAUCCUGAAUUCGCUCCUCAUCAGUGUUGUGAUGCUUACCACCAAUCGAAUUCAAAGCCUUGCGUCAGCCCAAGUUCUCAGGAUACUGCGUUACUGAUCGGGCACGAUAUACAUGGGUUCAGACUUUGUCAGACAGCUCAUUGCGCCGAUCAUUUUAUCUCUACUUAACAAGUAGCCUCAGUUCAAGGCUAGUACGCUACAUCCACACUAGUUCAAAAUCCGAAUGCAUCCUGACGGAUUUUUUUUUUCCUUCUAUUGAAAAGAUUAAACUCGCGCCAAGACAUGACCCAGACAGUAGACUCAACGCUUAGUCUCAAGUGGCCGGAGCUUGCCUGUUUUCAUCCAUGCUCCGCAUCUGUCACCCCAACUUUACCCCAAUGUGUGGACACUAAAUCUGGGGUAGCAUGGUAGAGCCUUAGGAAGAAUGUGUUUGGUCUUGUUUUAGGAAAUUACUUCUCCAUCAACUGCAAUUGGUCUAAAGCGUGUCAUAAUAUGAAUUUAGCUAGGCUAUAUGAUGAUAGUGUAGGAAAUGGAUAUCCAUAGUUUGGGAAGAAAUACAAAUAUGCUCG